GAAUCCCUUGUGCUGGUGGUUCGCCAUGGCUUUGGUUGAAGUUUCCUCACUCUUGUGCUCGUGUGGCCACUCGCCGCAAUUCAGCACGGAAUAGGCUGGUGCGCGCCAGUGGCGAAUUGUUGGCGAGAUAAGGUGGGCUGCUAUCGAGCAUGCGCGCUCAACUCACGCCCAUUCUUCACAUCGAAUCUACCUCAGCGAUCCGUAGCACUUCCACUUACCGCAAAGGUUUAUCCGCGAUAGUAAGUAGCGCUAGGCGACCGGUGAUAAUUGGCGUACCGCGACACGUGUCAGCGUGCGUGAGAGACCGGAAGCAGCGAGUGGUGUGCGAGAUGUCGGACGCGUUGGUCAACGGCUUGGCGGGGGCGUGUGGCGGCAUCCUCGCGCAGCUCGUCACGUACCCGCUGCAAGCCGUGAACACGCGGCAGCAGACGCAGCGACGGCUGCUGGCGAGGGAGCAGCGGGACGGAGAGCAUGGCGCCGGCGAAUGCGCCGCUUCCGGCGCGGAAGGUGCUGCUAGCGGCAAGGGCGCGGCGAGGGCGGGGCAACGGCGCGCUCCAAGACCCAAGAGCACUCAGCAGGAGAUGUGGGAGAUAUUCCAGCGCGAGGGCGUGGCGGGCCUGUACCGAGGGCUGGAGCCGUCUCUCGUCGGCACCGCGUGCUCUCAGGGCGUGUACUACUUCGUGUAUCAGCUGUUCCGCAGCCACGUGGAGCAGUUGGCAGCGGUGCGCAAGGCACAGGGGGUGGGCAACGGCCAGGUCACCAUGAUCACAUCGCUGCUCGUCGCGGCCCUCGCGGGGUCGGUGAACGUGCUGCUGACUAACCCCAUUUGGGUCAUCGUAACGCGCAUGCAGACGCAGACCCAGGGUCUGCCUCCGCCCAUCUACAUUGCUCGCCGCACUCCCUCCUCCUCGCCCCCGAAUUCCACGCCACCCACAUAUGCUGCUGCUGCCGCUGGUACUACAGGCACUGCGGGUGAGGGGAAGCAAGCAGAGGCACAGCGGUCAGAGGGAGUGGGUGGGGCGGGAGGGAAGCUGGACGGGGGGAGCACAGCAGCAGGGGAAGGCAGGGGUGCGGGGGGUGUUGUGGCGGGAGUAGGCUCAGGCACUUGUGCUGGGAGUGGGGAGGGGCCGUUGCAGGCGCCGGGGGAUGGCAGGCAGCAGCUGAUAGGGCGGCCGCACGGCGUGCUAGAGACGAUAUGGGAGCUGUUUGAAGAAGCAGGUAUCCUGGGAUUCUGGAAGGGGGUCUUUCCAACCCUCCUCAUGGUGGCCAACCCCGCCAUCCAGUUUAUGAUCUACGAGACGCUGCUGGCGCGCAUCACGGCUGCCCGCCCCGCUGCCAGGGGAGGGGCCAAAUCCGCCACCUCCACGGAGAUCUUUCUGGUGGGCGCACUGGCCAAGAUAGGAGCAACGCUGGCCACAUACCCCAUGCUCGUCGUCAAGUCUCGCUUGCAAGCGCGCCACACGGCAGGGCAGCGCUACUCAGGCAUGUUGGACGCGAUAUUCAAGAUAGUGCGGCAGGAGGGCAUGCUGGGGUUCUACCAUGGCAUGGGCACGAAGAUGGCGCAGAGUGUGUUCGCGGCAUCGCUGCUCUUCCUCACCAAGGAGGAGAUCGUCAAGGCCGUGCGCCUCCUCCUCGACCGCCGCGCGCGCCUCCUGCUGCACCCCGCCCACAGGCGCACCACCGCCUUAUGAACGCAGGGGCGAGGGGGGUGGGGGGAGGGGGGGGAUAGGAAGGUAGGGUGGUUGGGUUGUGGAGGUGGAAGGGGGGGUGUGGUUGAGCGGGUGAGGUGGGAGAGGUGAUGGGGUUAGGAGGAGAUGGGAGUGAUGAGAAGCGGUGACAAGGAGUGCUGGUGGUGGUAGGGGAGGCAAGUGAGAGGAAGGAAGGUGCAAGUGAUGCCGCCGCCGAGGCAUGCGAUGCGACGGGCACUUGCUUGCUGGGAUGUUGUCAUCCGCCCGUCAUGCUGCUUGUGCGACACACACUCCAUCACCAUGCCUGACAGUGAGGACAGGCACAGGUGAAAGGAUCUGGAUUUGUACAUUCUUUGUAACACCUCUUUCCAUGUAAAUGGUGUGUGUUGCCCUCAUUUGUGCUUGUUGAUUCCCGCUGCGGAGGUGUGUUGUGUUCUCCAGCUGUCUCUGAAGUGUAUGCUUAGGUGAGAUGGUCAGGAACGCAUCCCGGUGGAUGGAAGACCAACAGACGAUGACUGGGAUGGGAUGCUUGGGUUAACCACGUGAAUGCUCUUGGAACCAUGAGAGUUAGUCUAGACGCAUGAGACCAGCUGUAGCACCGGUACCGGUACCUCGGAUGGAUGUAGGCCUUCUCCCCUAUUGGUAGCCCUUGUGUCAGUCUACAGUGUAUCCGUUGAAAUGCACUUGACACAUGAUCUGUCGAAGCAGCAGAUGUUGG